CGACCGCCUCUGAACCAAGUUUUUCUUGUGGGCCAACCCUAAUAAUAAUAAUAAAAAAAAGGCCUUGUCGCAGUUUCUUCUUCGCUCUCCGUCGCGCUUCAUUCUUCCUCUCUCUCAAACUCGCCCAUCCUCUAUCGAUUCCGAUUUCGAUUUCCCAGGUUUUUUUCAUUAGAUGGGAACUCCGGAGUCAUCACGAGAGCCGUGCCCUGACCGUAUCCUCGACGACAUCGGCGGUGCCUUUGGUAUGGGAGCUGUUGGAGGCUCCGCCUUUCACUUCCUCAAGGGCACAUACAACUCCCCCAAAGGCAGUCGCUUUCUCGGCGGCAAACAAGCUGUGGCCAUGAACGCUCCUCGUUUGGGAGGGAGUUUCGCCGUCUGGGGAGGUCUCUUCUCGACGUUUGAUUGCUCAAUGGUGUACCUUAGGCAGAAGGAGGAUCCGUGGAACUCGAUUAUUGCAGGCGCUGCCACCGGUGGGUUUCUGUCUAUGCGACAGGGCCCUAACGCGGCUGUGAGGUCUGCGCUUGUUGGUGGGGUUCUGUUGGCUUUGAUUGAAGGAGCGGGGAUAGCGUUGAACAAGAUGAUGGCUGAGCCUCAGCAUAUGCAGAUGGAGGAGGGGAUGGCCGGGAUGCCGGGGAUGCCUGGGAUGCAGAUGGGGCAGGGGCAGCAGCAGCAGCAGCAGCAGAUGAUACCACCACCGGAGAAUACUGCUUCAUCGUCAUGGUUUGGAGGUCUUUUUGGUAAGAAGAACGAGGAGCCGCAGCAAACGAGCAGCGGAAGUGAAACCAAGGUGUUGGAGAGUUUUGAUGCGCCUCCUGUGCCAUCAUUUGAGUACAAGUAAAGCUGGUCUGUUGGUUGAUGCUCUUCAACAAGUCUGUUAUAUUUCUGUGUCGCUUGUCUCUCUUAAAGUUAUGUCUGACAACUAUUGUUGGCUUUUAAAUAAUUUAGUUUUAGAUUUUUCGUAAUGAAUAAGCUUCAAUGA